AGCAAGUUGACUUUAAAGUUUACCAUCGAUCGAUUGAUAGUUGGUAGACAUCAGUGGUCACUGUUCGACUACGUAUCCGCAGCAUCAAUCAUCAUGUACCUUUUGCACACUACGACCAAGAAACUAGAGGAAUUCGUUGAUCCUCCAGAAUAUGCUAUUCUCUCGCACCGAUGGCGCGAGGAAGAAGUCCUCUUCGCAGAUAUCCAUCACGAGCAUGUGAAAUGCAUGAAAGGCUAUGCUAAAAUCGAGGGAUGCUGUGAACAGGCGCGACGCGAUGGGUAUCAGUACGUCUGGAUUGAUACCUGCUGCAUCGACAAAAACAGCAGCGCAGCGCUCGCAGAAGCAAUAAACUCCAUGUACAUGUGGUAUGAAGAUGCCCAGGUAUGCUACGUGUACCUAGACGAUGUUGCGGAUGACGGAGACCCGGGAACUGGGUCCGCAUUUGCGAGAAGCGAGUGGUUCACCAGGGGGUGGACUCUGCAAGAGCUCAUCGCGCCCACGAGCGUGUUCUUCUUCAACAACCGUUGGAGAGAGAUCGGGAGCAAGAGCAGCUUAGCUGGACUUCUCUCGUCCAUUACGAGGGUGCAUCCCGACGUAUUAACACGCGUACAUGCCGAGUCAGACAUAUUAAUGGUCACCAGAGCAUCCUUCAGUGUCGCAACCAGGAUGUCGUGGGCUGCAGGGAGGAAGACAACUAGACCAGAAGACAGAGCCUACUCUCUCAUGGGACUAUUCAAGGUCCACAUGCCUGUCAUCUACGGAGAGGGGGAAACAAAGGCUUUCUUCAGACUUCAACUGGAAAUCAUGCGUACUUCGCACGACCAGAGCAUCCUUGCUUGGAGCAAGCCUUUGGCAGGUGGCAAUAAAUCAGGGACUCAGCCCUUUGCGCUAAAUCCUGAUCAUUUUGCCAAGUCGGGCGAUAUUGAAGACGUGCCCUCCAGGCAAUGGAUACGUUACAGUCAAGAAUUCAUUAGCCCAGACUCUGUCCCCAGGCUUGACUUCGCCGCCACCAACGACGGCUUGGAUAUAAGCCUUCCCUUACUCGCUCUGGGGGAUGAAUCGGACGAGUUCAUUGCUCUCCUGAGCUGUCAACGUCGCGUAAGCGAAGGAAAGCGCCCCUUCGUCGGCAUUCGUCUUCGGAAGUCCUUGCCCAAUGCCGAACGUUACGAAAGGAUAGAUGCUCAUAUCCUCGAGGACAUGUUCGACCCUCGCGAUGAAUUCAAAUUCAAACAAAUACACAUUUCGUAUCCGUUAUCUGUGGACACCCAUAUGAUCUUCUUCAGCACCUCAACGUCGCUUUUCAUUCAAAAUGUCAGGGUAGAAGAGCACGGCUUCUUUGUGGUUGAUAUGGAGACGGCCCCCUCAUGUGUCCUGCAGAUGCGUGAUAGUAAUAUUAUCCUGCAGAUGAGAAGACCACUCCCAUCAGCAAAUCCACUACGAGAUUCCGAAGGAUCACAAAAUCUAUCUCUGACUGUGGAUUCGUCAUGGUUAGCAUCAUUGACCUACCAGAACCCAGAUACGAAAGAGCAAUUCGUCGUCUCUGCAGGGGUAUCAUGGAUACGAGAUGGGGGCCCGUGGCUCCAAAUUACCGCAGAGAAGCCUCGUGAUCAACCCAGUCCGCUCAAGAUCGACUGGACUUCUUACCCGCUCCAAGCAGGCGGGAAAGUGACAGCGUCGGUGAGGAAAGGUGGAAAUGCUUCUGCUGGCGAGAGGCGUUCUAAAAUCAUCGAGCGGUAUUCAGUCAACAUUACAGUCUAUGGUGCCUUGUGACUCGAAAACCGGAAGCAGGUUUGGAGGGUCGGUGGACUGGGGGUUCCACAGACAGGAACUAUGCACUCGGGUCUCCACGGCCCUUUCCAUAGCUUAGUCAGCACGUAGACUAGGGUUCCAGCAUGUUUGUAGCUUAGUUUCACCAUCAUCAUAGUCGGUUUGCCUUGCCUUGGCCUAAGCCGCUGGCCCCUGCUCCAUCAGCAAGGUAUGGUUAUUAGCGCAAAUAUCUGGUACGUAGGUCCACAUACCUCGUGUACUCGCGUAGAAGACUCUUACGCGCUUCGAAGUACUUGGAGGU